CAUAAUUCAAUUAGAACACUACACCACGAUCAAUUAUAUGUAUAUAAUAAAAAGCCAAUAUAAAUUAUACACACAGUUCAUGCUCGUUCAUGCGAGCGCCUAGUUCAUCUUGCUGAAGAGUAGAACACGAAAAAGAUACAACAGUUUAUAACGAGCGGUUGGUGAGCGUCGUAGGCUGAUGGAGCUAGCUAAAAACGGGAAUUUGCCAAAAAAUUAAAAAAAAAAAAUAACUAAAAAAAAUUAAUUAAAAAGUAAAUUUAAAAAUAUUUUUCGCAAAAUUAAAAAAAUAUAUAUUUUUCGAAAAAUUAAAAAAAAUAUAAUUUUUUAAGUUAAACGGUAAAUUGGUCGAGGCUACAAAAAAAAUAUUUUUUUUUUUAUUUUAUCAGACAUUUUUUCUGGCUAGCGACUAGCACUAUACAUACAUAUGUAUAUACACCGGUGUGUGUCAGCUGUCGGUCGGUUCUUUACAUAUCCACAUUCCCUCGUUCGCUAUCUAAUUAAACAGAUGUGCUUUACAAGAUCGCUGUGUGCUUGCAAAUUAUCUACAUACACACAUACAUAGUAAACAGUACAUAUGUGCAUUCAUAUAAUUAGACUCAGCCGAAAAACGCUCGCCUUUCAUUAGACGGGGAAAAAUUGUUUGCCAUUCGAUUUGAACAAUUCGCUUAGAGCGCGCAUUUGGCUUCUGUACCUGCUCGCGGUUUAUUGUUGUUGCUAACACUCUUCAUUAUUCAACAUAACUACAUAAAUAUAUACGAGUACAUAAGUCACGGUUCGUGCGUUUUGUUCGCGUGCACGCGUGUCUUCUUUCAAGUGCACUCAGCAAAAGAACUAAGAAGAAAAAGAAGUGAAUUUUUACAGUAAAUUUCGGUUGUGUGAUUACAUAAAGUAAAGUGAAAAAACAUGCAAAUGAAGCAGAGUUUCGGACGCAGUCUCUUGAAUGAAUUUAAAUUGCGAAAAUUCGGCUUCAAGCAUAAGCAUUUGGAUCAGUUCUAUCAAUCGCAGUGGCAAAGCGGUGUGCGCAGUUUCUAUUAUUUACUAUACCGAUGGAUCUGGGCGUUAUUCUUUAUUUCUGUGUUCACAGUAUCCUUGGUUUUGCAAUUAUCCGAUGGCAAAUUCUUCAUCUUCUUGACGAAUUGGGGCAUAAUUGCGUGUAUGUUGGCACAGCUAAGCGGUGCUAUACUCGUGACACGAUGGUACUACAAUUUGGGCAGUGCGCGUAGCACGGUGAUGGAGGAAAAAAUGCUGAAGGAGCCACCGCCCACACCAAGACUGAUCAAAUUCUACUGGCUGGUACAUGGUGCGGCCUUAGCAUUGGCGCUCGUUAUCACCACAGUUUACUGGAAAUAUUUACAUGGGAAAAUGGACAAACCCAACCGCUAUCCGGUGAUGAGCUUCAUAACACACUGCCUCAAUUCAGUAUUUAUGCUGGUUGAUUUCUGGUUGGUCGCAUUUCCGGUGCGCCUAUUGCACAUCAUCUAUUGGAUGCUGUUGCCCAUAUUCUUCUACAUAUUCACUGUGUUCUACUACUUCGCGGGCGGCAGCGAUGAAUAUGGCCACCCUUAUGUUUAUCCAAUUUUGGAUUGGACCGUUCCCAUGCGCGCUUUAACCACCUUCGCUGGUGUUUUCAUCUUAUAUGUUAUCUAUGGCAUUGCUUUGUUUUCGCUUAGUAAAUUUAAGCGGUAUCUGUCACGUACUGUGAGCGCCAUGGAUAGUCCACAUGCCAUUGGAUUAAUCUGAAGUAUUUUAUGUUAGCAGAAUUACUUUUAAGCAUCGUAAGACAUUUUAGUAUUUGAAUUUUUUAAUACACACACUCAUACACUCAUUAUACAUUUAUACAGUAUAUUUAAAUGCACAUAAGACGUAUGUAUAUGUAAAUGCUGGACAUAUACAUACAUACAUAUUCAUAUGCAUUGCAUUCAUGCAUUGAAAUAAGUAUUUCGAGUAGUUAGCACGUAAUUUAGAAGAAAAUAUCGAAAAUUGAAUUAUAGGCCUAAGUGAUGAUAACCUAAAGUCGAAACUUUAUGCUUGUUCCUAAUAAGUAUAACCACAAUGAAUCAAUCAAUGAAAUAAAUAAUGAGCCAAGAA